CAACGCCGCCAUGUCGACACUUAUGAGGACGCUGCGCAACCUGCGCAAGAUUGGUUUCAAGGAAUAUGGCCACCAGAUGCAGCACAUUGGUGAUACUAAGGCCGGAACCUUCAUUGGCCUCGACAAGUACGGUAACAAGUAUUACGAGAACCUGGAGGAGGAGCUUCCCCUGAGAACCCGUUGGGUGGACUACAAGGACCACGAGUUCGACCCCUCUCAGAUCGAGCCCGGCUGGCACGCUUGGAUGUCGUACAUGGUCGACAAGUCGCCGGCCCAGGACAAGCUUCUUCAGCGUGAAGUACGCGUAUGGGAGCCCAAGGAGCACAGGCCUACCCUCACCUGGAGCCGCUCAGGAUAUAAGCCAUACAGCACAGUCAAGAACAAGUACUCUGCGUGGACACCUGCCGUCAAGGCACGCCAGUAGAGAUCCGGAUUCGUUUGUUAGCAUUGUAUAUAUCAAGAACAAAUCAAUGGU